AUGGAGAAUAGUGAAACUAUGGAAGGGGCUAAUGUUGUAAUUCCAUUAUCAUCGGUGAAGCAAGUAAGUGAACGUUAUGCUAACACCCUCUAUGGGUAUUUUUUGGGAAAGAGACUUACAUUUCCAGUAGUGGACUAUUUUGUGAAGAAUAAUUGGGUGAAGUAUGGAUUGACAAGAUUAAUGAUGAACGCUAAAGGAUUCUUUUUCUUUAAGUUUAAAUCGAAGGAAGGGAUGGAUAAGUUGCUGGAAGAAGGGCCAUGGAUGAUCAGAAACGUGCCUAUAAUCUUAAAAGAAUGGUCGCCUUCUGUGACUGUGGAGAAAGAGGACAUCACUUCUAUCCCGGUGUGGGUUAAGAUGCAUGAUGUGCCAUUGGCAGCUUUUACAGAGGACGAGCUUAGUCUCAUAGCUUCGAAAAUUGGAACACUGAAGAUGUUAGACUCAUUUACGGCAACUAUGUGUGUUGAAUCAUGGGGCCGUAGUAGUUUUGCAAGGGCCUUGAUAGAAAUUCAUGCGGAGUCGGAGCUGAAGAAAAGCAUCACUAUGGCAAUUCCCUUGCUUGACAGAAAAGGUUUUACUAAAGCUGAGGUGAAAAUAGACUAUGAUUGGGUCCCAUUGAGGUGUAAUAAUUGCUGCGUUUUUGGACAUGAUGUCCACUCGUGUCCGAAGUUACCUAAACCAGAUCAACAGGAGGGGAAUGGAAAGGAUGGUGAGGGUUUCCAGGAAGCUGUGAAAAAAUCAAAUAAGGGUAUCAACAAAGGAAUUCAAAUUAAUAAACAAAAGUCCAAGAUGGUGUACCGGCCGGUGGUUAACCCCAGACCGAAAACUAUUAUGAAGCAGCAAGUUCAAACGGCAAACUCUUUUGAUGCUUUACGCGAUCAGGUAGAGGAUUCAAGUUCGGUGGGUUUGAAAGGUAAUAGAAAGGAAAAAACGCAAAACCAAGAUAAAGAGGAUAGUGGAAGAGCUAACGCAGGUGAUCGGUUGAAUUCGACAAGGAGAAAUCACACAACGGAUGACUUUUUUACCAAUGAUACUGAUGUUGAUGACUUACUAAAUGACAUUCCAAAGUUCAUGGAUAAAAAGAGUGAUAAGAUUUCUGAGGGUGCAAGCACACCCAGUAUAACGGGAUCCCAUGGGUAG